GAGCCAGACGCCUGCACCGAGAAGAGUAUAAAAGCUUCCUCUUCACCCAGACUUCUCAAUUCACAGCAACGCGCAGCUCCGCCGAUCUUCCUUCCUUUUGAACGGUUCUUCUGAACACUCACAGAGAUGUCCUGUAACAAAACUAAGCUGGAACAGGCCUUUGAGUGCGUGGUAAACAUCUACCACCAGUAUUGCAUUCUGAAGCCUGUCGAUGACUACCUGCAACCAAAAGAGUUCGAGAAAUUGAUGAAGGAACAAGCCCAGGACUUCUUGUGUGACACCACACCGACUAACAUGGACCAAGCCGCCUAUAUCAAACAGAUCUUUAAAAAAGCCGACAAGGACAACAAUGGGCACCUCAAAUUCCCCGAAUUUCUGUGCGUGCUUGCGGCCACCCUUGACAAUGCCCACCACAGAUCCCAUGACUUCGGCGAGGGACAAAAAGGACAAGAACACGGGCACGGGCACGGGCACAGCCACUGAUUCUUCAAGGCCCCGAAUACUCCGUUACGGCACCCGCGGGCUCUCUCCGUAAACAAUGACAUCGUCCGCAACAAAGCGAACCUAACUGGGCAUUAGCUGGCAGUCAUCGCUGUCUUGCAUUUUGCUUUGUGGGCCAUCUAAAAUAAUAAAGUGUGCUUCUGAAAAAAAAAAAAA